AUGCGGCGACGGGUGGAAGACGACGAGGACUAUGAAGAGGAAGAGGAUGUACCGCUUCAACAUCGACGACCCUUUGGCGCGGGAAUCAGCCGCAAGCCCAUCCAGUUCGUCAAGGCAUCAGAUCCGAACCUGAGUACUACACAGGCGGCCAAUAAAACAAAAAGCGGCGCUUCCGUUGGCGACUUUUACCUCAGCCUCGUGCUCGGCGACAAGAAGCAAGCGGAAGCCGAAAAGCCUUCGCCAGCAGCAGGGCAAGUAUGCGCCGUGUGCGAGUUGCCCGUGGAUAAAGACGACGGCGUGAGAGAGGUCGGCAAUGACAAUAACAAGCCCACGACAAGUAGACAAAAGCAGCAUGAGUCUUCGAUUGCUCACCAAGUCUGCCUCACACACUCACAUCCCCCAUCAGCACUAGAUCGGUCGCGCAUGGGCUUGACAUAUCUUUCAUCCCAUGGCUGGGACCCUGAUUCACGCAAGGGGCUCGGUGCCGAAGAGCAAGGCAUGCAGUAUCCCCUGAAGACUCGACCAAAGGAGGACAAAUACGGUUUGGGCCUCAAGAUCCCAAAAGGCAUCCAGGGAAGAAUUGAAAAGAAGAAGCCGCAGAUGCUGGAUGCGAAGCAAUGCAGAAAGAAGGCCGAUGAAGACAAGAGAAAGGCUGAGAGGUUGCGAGAGAUGUUUUACGCCAGCGAAGACAUUGACAAAUACCUGGGGACCGGUUCAUAA